AUUUUGAAUCAGUGGCACCUUUGUUUUGUGUAGCAUUGAAGCUAAACCAUAAAAACUUUUAGAAUUCAGUUUAAUUCGCUCAUUUACAUUCAAUAAUGAACGUUCAACCAACAAACCCCAACAACCCCGUAGUGUUUUUCGAUGUGACUAUCGGAGGGCAGGAGGUUGGAAGAAUGAAGAUCGAGCUGUUUGCAGAUGUUGUUCCCAAAACCGCAGAGAAUUUUAGGCAGUUCUGCACCGGGGAAUUCAGGAAAGAUGGUGUUCCUAUUGGAUUCAAAGGCUGCACAUUUCAUAGAGUAAUCAAAGACUUCAUGAUUCAAGGAGGCGACUUUGUGAAUGGAGAUGGCACAGGAAUCUGCAGUAUCUACAGGGGUCCAUUUGCAGAUGAGAACUUCAAAGUAAAACAUUCUGCUCCGGGCCUGUUUGCUAUGGCAAACAGUGGGCCAGGAACAAAUGGCUGCCAGUUUUUUAUCACCUGCACAAAAUGUGACUGGCUGGAUGGAAAGCAUGUAGUAUUCGGGAAAGUGGUUGACGGUUUGCUUAUCAUGAGAAAAAUUGAGAAUGUGCCCACAGGACCCAACAACAAACCCAAGCUACCAAUAGUCAUCGCCCAGUGUGGAGAGAUGUGAUUUUUAUUUUUACUUUUUGUACAAUAUAUCUGCAUAUCUGCAUGGAUUUGAUAUAUUUAUGUCCACACAAAAAAAUACAUAGAUAAAAAAUAAUAAAAGAUAAAGUUUUACUUGAAA